UGUCUAGUUCAAGUGUUGCCCGACAGAAAGGCAAUGAACUUUUGAAAAGUGCAGCAGUAGGCGUUGCUCCUGUUAUAAGGCUUGAAAGAUAUCAGAAAGCCCUAACACACUACCAUAAAGCUUUGAAUUCUGCAACAAAUGAUCGGGAGAAGAGCUCUGCUUACAAAAAUAUAGUUGUGGCCACCCACUACAUAACCAUGCUCUUAUUUGAACGAAAUGAAAUUGAUCAGUGCCUGUUCUUCUUCAAGGAAUGUUUGACACAUGGCAGUAAGGCUAUUUCAACUGGGAGAUUAAUUAUGCCUGAGGAUUGGAUUGAUAAUAUCGAAGAGAGACUGAAUAGUGUUUUCUCUGAUAUUUUUAAUUUGAUAUUAUCAAUGAGACAAGAUCAAAGAAUAAGGAUCCUUCAAAGAUUUGCAUUUGUUCCAGAAUCUAAAGAACAACGUGUUAAGAUGCUGAAACAAUUGGUUAUCGAUUAUUUUCAUGCAUCUGUCAUGACCCUAGAGGAAAGCGAUUAUAAAGCAAGCUUAACGGCUCUGACAGAAGUCUACACUCCCCUAACGAAACUAGAGCAACUUGUAACUGAUAGUUCUGAUGACAUUUUGCUCCAGGACUUUGUGAUGAACAUGAAAGAAGAUGUCUUCAAGAACCGGUGUAUAUCAGACUCUAUGCAAAAACGAUUCAUAGCAGACCAGCUUCUUAGCAGCACCAUCAAUGAUGCUGAGGACCUUGAUGUGACUGCAAUUUGGCAGGUUAUUGACUUCUACACUGAAAGUAUUGUACUGACCCGUGAGAAUGACGUGGAACAGGAAGCUAUAUCACUUUCAAAACUUGGCAUUUUAUACCACAAAGUGUUGCUACAAAAGGGCAGAGCAAAGGAAUACCUUAUGAAAGUUCUGCAACUUGCCCACUCCCUUCAGCCCCGGAAUCUCAGUGAAGAAAAAUGGUUCAGAGAUGCUUCAGAAAUUAUAUCCGAGUACCAAAAGGAGGAAAAACGAAAAGAAGAAAAAGAAUGGGAGAAAAGCAGAAAGAAAUACCUUGAUAGUCUAAAGUCUAAAUUGGAUAUUCUAAAGCACAACAUGACAGAACUAUCCAUUCAGAAAAUACUGGUUUGGCUUUACACAGAGAAUCCACCAAAACAUUCGGGGGCUAACAAGUUCAAUGUAAAUGUAAAAGAGAUUUCUGAUGCCCCUGGUGAUUCUUUGAAAAAGCUGCUCGCCAAAGCAAUUGUCUAUUAUCAUCCAGAUAAAAUUAAUGCCGAAGAUCACGGUAUGGAGUAUAAAGUUUGGUGCGAGGAGAUUGUAAAAAAUCUGACACGAAAGUAUGAAAUGAUGAAGGGUUGUUAGUUGAUUGAUCAUACUCCAAUUUGUCUAGAAAUUAAAAGUUUCUAUCUGUUUUUUAUCAUGUUUAGAGUUUUAAUUUAUAUGCUUUUAAGUUGUUUGUUUAUAUGAAGUUGAAAAAAGCAUUUAACCACAUUUUUUAGUUUUCUGUCAUGAAUCUUGAAUUUGCCAAAUUUAUAAUUCACUUUAAAUCCUUAUCAAGUAGUCCUUCGAUUUACAGAAUAGCUGAUCUAUCUAAUUGUAUUUAAUUUACCAGGCCUGAUUUACCUCUUAAAUAACUGGUACUGUGUUAAGACUUUCCUGAAUUUUACCUCAAUUAAUUAUAGAGGGUAUCUCAAUUUUCAUUGUUUACAAUUCCUUCCCACCUUAGUUUAGAGUCCUGGAAAAUGAGUCCUGGAAAAUGACAGCUUGCUGUAAAAUAUUAUAUUUACUUUAGAGUUUUUAACCUGUUAAACGAAUUUUAAGAUAUAACAUACAGAUCGUUUUAAUUUAAUUUCAUUUCAUGAAUAUUUUAACCAUCAGAAAGAGAAUGUCUCUCUGAAUGCUGUAUCAUUAUAUUGUAUUUUUAUAUUGUAAUUUUAUAUUAUUUUUAAUCACA